AUGCCGCCGAAGCGCAAGGCAGACGAGAGCAACGGCGAAGCGAAGCCCAGAGUCAAGAAGGCGAAGAGCGAGGCAAGCGGAGACUCGGCCGCUCUGAAGAAAGGACCGUGGAGUCCGGAGGACCACGAGCUCGCAAUCACCUGCAUCCUCUCGCUCAAUCCGCCCAAGAUGUCCAAGGAGCAGCUCACUGCCAUCGGACAAGUCGUCGGUCGCGACGCUACUGCCAUGAGUAACUGGUGGCGACGCGUGGGCAAGUCCAUGAAGGACGCCGAGGCCAUGCUCGCGAAGGGCACAAAGGGCGAGCAGUGA